AUGUCUACAACGCAGGAGUCACUGGUUACCACGACCCUGGUGCCAUCUCAGUCAACAAUUUUACCUUCCGAUAGUACGUUAUCUAGAUCCACAACCAAAACCACGGACUCUCGGCCUAAAAAAGUGAAUGAAUUCAAUGACGGCCGGGAAAAGCCACAUUACACUUGGGGCCAAAGCUGGAAGGAUUGGUUGAAGCAGAGCUGGAGCUCAAACUAUGAUGAUUUGACCAUUGAGAGCAGGUUAUUGUCUCAGUUGCCGUUUUAUCCCGAAAGUGAUGGUAAAAGGAGAGCUAGCGUCAUUAAUACUGAUAUUGGAAAUGGCCAAUUUAUUCAUGAGCUUUAUAUUGAAAAUAUCGAGAAAGAUGAGACACCAGAUAUAUGCAAAGAGUUUGUUCUAGUGCAUGGGUACGCGGCAUCCCUUGGCUUGUUCAUAGACAAUUUUGAUCUGUUGAGCUCUAUACCGGGUACUAAGAUACAUGCUAUUGAUAUUCUUGGUUUCGGAUUAAGUUCAAGACCAAAGUUUCCAAACUUUCCUUCAUCGACUAAGCAAGACGUGUACAAAGUGGAAGACUGGUUCAUAGACCCAUUGGAAACAUGGAGGAAAAAGCGAGGCAUUCAAAAAUUCGUUCUAAUGGGGCAUUCUUUUGGAGGGUAUUUGAGUUGCGCUUAUGCCUUAAAAUACAACAAAACAAUAACGAAUCCAAUGACUGGAUUUAAAUCGAAUUUGAUUGACAAGCUUGUUCUUAUAAGUCCAGUAGGAGUGGAGCGAAAUAAGUACUCAUUUUUGAAUAAGGAAGCAAAUCCACGGAUAUCCGUUGAACAGGAGGUUUUGGCCGACCAAGAGGACAUAGUGGAGGGUAAGCCGUUGGAGGAACCUCCAAAAACUCGUACAAGAAAACUUUUUGAUUACAUGUGGGAGAGAAACUACUCACCUUUCUCAAUUAUUAGAAAUUCAGGUCCAGCUAAGUCCAAGCUUAUCUCGAGAUGGACAACACAUAGAUUUGCUCAUGUUUACUAUCAAAAUCAAGAGAGUUUCCAAAACAUGCACGAUUACAUUUAUAGAAUAUUCAAUGGAAAAGGAUCAGGGGAAUACGCGAUAACUAGAGUAUUGGCAGUUGGUGCAUUGCCCAAAUUACCAUUGAUAGACCGAUGCCCCAAGAAGUUCGUAGAUAUGAAAUUGCCUACGCUUUGGAUGUAUGGGGAUAAAGAUUGGAUGAACGACGAAGCUGGACUAGAAAUGACAAAUGAAAUAAACAAUUUGUCAAUCAAUGAAUAUUCUAAGAAGUUGGCUUCGUUUAAGAUUAUCAGAAACGCGGGCCAUCAUCUUUAUCUUGACAAUCCUCCUGAUUUUACAAGAGUGAUUUUUAGAUUUCUUAAUAUUAAAUAG